AUGGACCAGAAGAGUUCUGAGAAGCCCAGUCGGGAUCUCGACAUGAAGGGUCUUGGACCCUGGAACACCUGGCCCAACCGGUUUGCAAUUCUUGAUGCCAAAUAUUACACCAUGAUGUACAAUCGCAGCCGGAACCAUGGUGUGUACAUCGGCACUCCUUGUGAGCCAUCCAACCACAGCAGCGAUUAUGGUUCCCGGGGUGAUAACACCUACUAUAACAACUCACUCCCUCCCAGCAACACACAUGUUUCCUCUGCAAGAUUUCCAACUGAAUAUGAGCGGGACCUUCGACUGAACGAUGAACAUUCUACACAAGACAACAAACCCCAAGCCAAGAGCCCCCUCGGUCCCGUAGGCGUGGCCCUCGACGCUGAGAGGACAGUCAUUGGUGCUUCCUACACUUUGAGUCUUCUGCAAAACACGCGCCACAACCAAAGGCCCUCAAGGCAUGGAUGGGACGAGACCAAGCCAAGUCGCAGAGCCAAGGGGAUGACACUGCUGAGUACUGUGGCAAGGGGGAUGUGCCGCAGACCCGGCGAGGCUCUUGCCUUGUGCCUCGAGGUCCAAAGGAACAAUUUGACAGCAAUCACUCAAAAUCAGCUAUAUGGAGAUGAUGUCGAACGGGGACUGCGCACCGUGGGUGUGAAUGAGGGCAUCUAUCUCCCUGUGGAAACCGACGUCCCGAGUCUUCUACAGGAAAUGCAGAAGCUAGAUGAGAAGCCCGACCUUGUGGAUCGCCUCGCGAAGUACGAUCCCAGCAACGCUUUGGAAAUCGCAAUCAGGCAAACCACCCAGCAGUGGAACGGGAAUAAGAAGGUUCUCCUCCCAUUGAAAGAACACAUUGAAGUACUGGCGCGGUUUGACAGAAAGGGGGCGGAGUGGAAGAAGAUUCCAGGCGGAUUUGACCUUGCACAUGACGAAACAGUCACCUACUGUCUUGCUUCGAGUUUCGAACUAUUUCGAAUUGCAGUCAUUCGAUCGACAUUGGACAAUGAGAGUGUGAAGAGGAGAUAG